AGACUAUCUAUCGUCUAUCCAGUCGACUCUAACCAGAGUCAGACGAAUUUCAUACCGACAGCCGAGACUACAGACUACAGACUACAGACUACAGUAUUACAGACUACAGUAUUACAGACUACAGACUACAGUACUACAACUACAGUUCACUACAUCCUCACUACCUAUGCAAUGCGCACCCCCAACAGACCCCUCGACGAGUUCGAACAAGCCCUCAUAACCAGCUGCCAAAGCAUAACAAACAAAGAACCAGAAACAUGGGGCUUCUCCUCCACGCAAACGGACCUCUCCCUCGAGUCCGGCAGGCAAGCCGACCCCGCGCGCGCCAUCUACAGACUCACCAUCACCCCGGAACUAUGUAAUCUCCACGAAACCCUGCACGGCGGGUGUGCCGCCACGCUCGUCGACGUCCUCUCCACCACGCUCGUGCUUGCGCUGUCCUCCCCGGGCCAUUUCCAGCGCGGCGGCGUCACUCGUAAUCUCCGCUUGACCUACCUCCGUCCUGUUGCUCGGGGGAUGCGUGUCCGCCUCGUCACGGAGGCGGUCCAUCUCGGUCGGAGGCUGGUCUUGUUGAGAUCGGAGAUUAGAGCGUUGCCGGGCGAUCCGGGUACUGAGGAUGAUCUCCAGGAUGGGCUUGACGGUAUACUCUGUGUCGUGGCUGAACAUGAAAAGGCAAAUACAGAUCCAGUAGUCAAGUUGUAACUUAUCACCGACUAGGCUACGGCUCCUUCUUUACUGCUAGUUACUUCAUUGUGUAGUCUGAAAUGUAUGCGAUUCGCUACCGAUAAUGCAUAUGCAAGCAGUUGUGUACAGAAUGUACCAUGCAACUAAGAAGAAAAGAGAAUAAAAAUGAAUAAGAGAAGAUCAGAGGGGAAGAAAUGAAAAAGAAAAAGAAAUGUAAUAAAUGAAGAGAAAUGGGAGCGGAAAAAGAAAUGAACGCCUCUAAUGCUUGCGCUCCUCGCCAGGCAACUCUCGGUGAAAGCAGGAUUAUUACAUGUGGCCCCCCGUACCGGCCAUGUCUAUUGCAUCAUCCGUAGGUAGGUCGUAACGUAACGUCUUUUCAAAUCGGAGGGGGAUAGAUGUGGGUUGGGAAAUGGGAAUGCGGUCGUGC